UCCUUCAGACCGUUCAACAGUUUAGAGAGAGGAAAAAACGCAGCUCAAGUUCCAAGUUGUUUUUGUUUUGUUUUUUCUUUUGACACGAUACGUUAGCCAGACACAACGCGCACCAAAAACAUCGACAAUCACCUGGUUUUUGCAGAAAGAAAAGCCACACUUGAUUGUUACACGCCAGUUCUUGUGGCUGUCAAUCAGCCAUUCAAAUCAAACAAUCAUUCAUGCGCUAGUUGGCCCAGUACUUUGACUUUUCAUCGGUUUUUCUUUCAAAAUCAUCAGCAGCGAUUUAUUCUAAUUCUCAAUUGUGAAAGAUAGUGCUUCUCUAGAGUGAUACCGAAACAAAGUUCAUCCCCUCGGCCGAAUUUUUUUGUAGCAAUUUUGCGAAAGAGGAAAAUGAGUUCAACGAGGACGACCGUUGUUUUGGUGUUGGUGUUGAUGAUGGUACUGCCGUAUCUCGGCACGGCCAAAGGUCGAGGAAGAGGCAGCAAAUGGUGGGGAAUAGCCCGAGCUGGCGAGCCCAACAAUUUGGUGUCGAAUUCCAUCAAGGAGAAUUCGAUUACCAACUCUUACCUGGAUCCGGAUGUUCACGCAACUUUGAGACGCAAACAGCGGCGGCUGGUCCGCGACCACCCGGGCGUCGUCGUGGCCGUGGCCAAGGGCGCCAAACAAGCCAUCUCCGAGUGUAAGCACCAAUUCAAGAACCGACGCUGGAAUUGCCCAACCAAGGACUUCCAUCGCGGACGCAAUCUCUUCGGAAAGAUCGUCGAUCGAGCUUGCCGUGAAACUGCCUUCAUCUACGCCCUGAUGUCUGCCGCAGUGACGCACUCGGUCUCGCGAGCCUGCUCCGAAGGUGCCAUCGAGUCUUGCACUUGCGAUUACAGCCAACGCGGUCCGUCUGGAGCCGACUGGGAAUGGGGCGGCUGCUCGGACAACAUCCAGUUCGGUGUCAAAUUCUCUCGCGAAUUCGUCGACGCCGGAGAAAAAGGACGCGACAUCCGCUACAUGAUGAACCUCCACAACAACGAAGCCGGCCGAGUGCACGUUUCGACCGAGAUGAGACAAGAGUGCAAGUGUCACGGAAUGAGCGGCUCGUGCACGGUGCGGACUUGUUGGAUGCGUUUGCCUUUCUUCCGGGUGGUCGGCGACAACUUGAAGGACCGUUUCGACGGAGCGUCGCGAGUCCUCAUCAGCAACACUGGACGGACGCCGGGCAACGGCCGCAAGAAGUACAACUACCAGCUGAAACCUUACAAUCCCGAGCACAAAGCGCCGUCCAAGAAGGAUUUGGUCUACUACGAGAACUCGCCCAACUUUUGCGAGAAGAACCUCAAAUUGGGCAUCGCCGGGACGCAGGGCCGCGUCUGCAACGAGACGUCGAUCGGCGUCGACGGCUGCGAUCUGAUGUGCUGCGGUAGAGGCUACAAAACGGAGGUGAAGGAGGUGGUCGAACGAUGCGCCUGCACUUUCCACUGGUGCUGCGAAGUCAAGUGCAAAGUUUGCCGGACCAAGAAAACGAUCCACACUUGUCUGUAGAGAAAAUAUGCAAGUCAAGUGAACAAAACACAUCAGACAACCAAUUUUCCAGCUCCAAAAAAGAGGCAACGAAGAAAACAAA